AUGAGUAAUUAUUCUUAAGAUUUUGAAUUAGAUGAAGAAGAAAACAAGGAAAUUAAAGAUUUUAAUAAGUAAUCUGAGGCAAAUUAGAACCCUUAAAAUCCAGAACAUCGUCUUAGACUUUCAAUUGAUGUUCAUUCUCUUAAAGAGCAUGAUUUUAGGGGAAACAUUUAUGCUAGAUAUUAAUCUUUAAUAAAUUUAAAUAUUAAGCAAUUCAAAUCCGCUCCACCUAUAUCUAUUACUAAGCCACGAGUUGAAGAGAAGUUCCCAAAUAGCUUCAGAAGUUAUACUUUCGAUUGUACAUAGGCUAAUUUAAAUGAUAGAUUAUAGGGAGAGUUUGAAAUCGAGUUAUGGCACUAAGAUAGGCUUAAAAAGGAUAUUUUGAUUGGAAUAUGCAAAUAUAAUUUUUCAAAUAUAAUGAAAGGACAAGUAAGAAAAACAAGCUAAAGUUAUGCGAAGGUAUCGGAUGCUUAUUUACCUGUAGAUGAGGUUGAUGAUAAUAGAAACCCCAUAAAAAAAGUAGCAGAGUUAAGGGUAAUAUUUUACUUGGAAGAUUUAGGUCCUAAAGAAUAGAUAAUAAGAAAAGAAAAAUAGUUAGGAAUUAAGUCAAAUGAUGAAAUUCAAGACUUAUUAGAAGGAAAUAAUAAUAUAAAUUAAUAAGGAGAUUAAGAUGUAGAUUAUCCAGCAGUAGUACUUCCAGAAAAGAAUGACUUAUUUGGAGAUUUAGAAUAUAAAAUCAUAUGGGAAUUAGAAACAUGGAAGAAAGCAGAAGAAGCUAAAUUUAAAAUUACAUUAAAACAAAAAGAAAUGGAGUUCCUUUAAAAAUUGAGUGAGGAAUGGAGAACAAAAGAAAUUGAAAAAGAGAGAGUAUUUAAAAAGAUAGAAGCAAGUAUGAAUUUGCUAAAUAAAAAAAGCAAAGAAAAAGCAAUGGAGUUACAAAAAAGAGAAUAAAAAAUCGUUUUACUUGAAGAAGAGCUUAAAACAAGAAUUACUGAAACAUCUCGUUAAAUCUCUCUAAAAGAUGAAGAAAUAGCUGUUUUAAAAAGAAAAAUUAAAGAUUAGUAGGGAAAUUCAGAAAAAGACAAGACAGCUUUGAAACUAGAGUUCGAAUAGCUGAAAGAAGAAUAUGCAAACAUGAAAAAAGAAUAUGAAAAAUACAAAAAAGAGUAAGAAAACUCACCUAUAAGUUUAGUUAAAAAUGAGCUUAAAGAUAAAAUGCUUGAAAUAAAAGAACUUAAAAAAGAGCUAUAAAAGGCAAACGAAAUCAAAGAAUAGCAUAAAGUAUACUACGAAAAGUUAAGAGCUGAGCUGCUUAAACAAAAGAAGCAAUAUGAAAUGCUUAAAGAAGAAAAUAAUUUUAAAAAUAAUGGAGAAAUUGAACAACUCCGUAAUGAAAUUUAACUGCUUAAGUAAUAAAAAGAGAAUGUAGAGCCUAACAUGAAUAUUAAUGCCACUGCAUAUAGAAGAAAUCAAUAAGAAAUUCCAAAAGCCUUAGUUGUUGAUCCUACUUAUUCAAACGUAAUAGACUAAAAUGCCAACUAUGAAGAAUAUGAUUGGAACUAGGAUAAUAUGGGAGAAUUAGAAAGACUUAUUUAUGAAAGAGACUACUAUUUACGAACAGCAGGAUAUUAAGAAAAUGAUCCUCUUAUCAUAUAAUUAAACAACCAAAUAAGAGCAAAAUAAGUUUGA